AUGAUUUCCCGCAGAUUCCAAGGGCGUUGGGAUGCAGAGGGAGCAAGAAGCGGAGGGGGAGGAUGGAGGGAGGUGUGGGAUGAGUUUUGGGGAGCCGUUGGAAGAAGCUUGGGGAGGUUAUGUGGAUCUCCUGGGGAGGUUAUUGUUGGAGAGCAGCAGGAUUACACGUGGUUUGGAGGGGGAGGGAGCAGCAGGGGUGAUGCAGCAACUGAAGCAACAGCAGCUGCUGCUGCUGCUCCUGCUGCAGCUGCUCCUGCUGCUGCUCCUGUUGCAGCUGCUCCUGCUGCUGCUCCUGCUGCUGCUGCUGCUGCUGCUGCUGCUGCUGCUGCUGCUGCUGCUGCUGCUGCUGCUGCUGCUGCUGCUGCUGCUGCUGCUGCUGCUGCUGCUGCUGCUGCUGCUGCUGCUGCUGCUGCUGCUGCUGCUGCUGCUGCUUCGCAGGCGUAUCUUUUCUCUGACACAGCUGCGUUUGCAGUUCUGCCUCCUGCCUCCCAUGCUGCUGCCAGCAGGAAAACUCCUUCUCCUUCCCAUCCUGCCAGCACUCACACGCCCUCUGCUCGUGCAUUGGGUUAUCGAAUACUGAUCGUGCAUCGGGGGGAUAUCACCAAGUGGUGUGUUGACGGAGCAAGCGAUGCCAUUGUGAGUCGUAAAGAGGGUGACUAUAAGGGGGAUGACUGUAAGGAGGACAGGUGUGACGAGGUUUUCAGCCAGGUGAAUGCGGCAAACGAGUCGGUGCUUGGUGGGGGCGGCCUGGAUGGAGCCAUCCACCAGGCAGCAGGCCCAGCCCUCCUGAAGCUCUGCCACGACCUGCUUCCUUGUUCCCUCUGUUUACCUCUCAUUCUUCCUCUCUCCGCUCUCUCUCCUAAUUUCCCCUCCCCUCGCACCAGCCAUCCACCGGGCAGCAGGCCCAGCCCUCCUGAAGCUCUGCCACGACCUACCCAUGAUGAGGAAUGGGCAGCAAGGCUACCAGUGCGCUAUGUAAUUCAUGCGGUGGGGCCCGUGUAUUUGACCGAAAGAGUGUCAGCACCCGUGCUUAAAGAGGCAUACAGUUACCCGCCUGUGAAGGGCGCCCAAGCUGCUCUGAACGUUCUGUUGAGCCAACCGUGGGGGUCAGUGCAAGAGGUGCACUUUGUCCUGUUUGACCACUGGAUGCUCAACGUUUGGCUGAAUGCCAUCCAUGCCGCCAACCUGCCACAGCUGCUGCUGCAACGACGACCACCACAACAGCCACCGCUGGUGCCGCCACAGCAACUGCCACCACCGCUGUCGUCUCAGCAGGUGCAACCUCAACAGCAGUCGUAUGAGUCAGCACAACAGCAGGCAAGGCAGGCCGUGAAUGAGGCGAUUCGGGAGGGGGAGAAGGUGAAACAGCAGCUCGUGUUAAAGGCAGGGGGAGAAGCAGCAAGGGCAGCACGAGAGGAAGAGCGUGAGAAUGAGCAAAUGCUGCAAUUGCUGCAAGAACAGCAACAGGAGCAGCAGACACAGCACCCACUGCAGCAAGUGCCUCAGCAGGGACAUGAGCAUGCACAGGAGUGGGAGAGUGCUCCUGAGAUUAGGAUCAGACUGACAGGAGGGCUGUUGAGGAUGGCGUUCGAGGACGGGGAUAAACCCGCCCCCCUUGACGUGUGCAGUGCCCCUCUGGCUGUAUCUCCGGCUGUAUCUCCGGCUGUAGCUCCGGCUGUAGCUCCGGCUGUAGCUCUGGCUGUAGCUCUGGCUGUAGCUCUGGCUGUAGCUCUGGCUGUAGCUCUGGCUGUAUCUUCGGCUGUAACUCUGGCUGUAGCCUGGCUGUACCUCUGGCUGUAUCUCCGGCUGUAG